GCCUUAAAUUUGAAGAAACGGCAACGGCGAAGAACCUGAGAGCUUCACACCAAAACCAAUGGCCAAACCAAAUCAAACCCCAAUUUGAAGAACCCAGCAAUCAAAAAUGGCCGGACUAGAAGAACUGAGGAAAAAGCUCACACCUUUAUUCGACGCAGAAAAAGGCCUGGGCUUUGGAUCCUCCACUUUAGACCCCUCCGAUUCCUACACAUUAUCGGACAGCGGAACUGUGAACUUGCUGAGCAGAUCGUAUGGGGUGUAUAAUAUUAACGAGCUGGGACUGCAGAAGUGCACGUCUUCUACUACGGUGGACGAUACCACAGAGAAGACUUACCAAUGCGCGUCGCAGGAGAUGAGGGUGUUUGGGGCGAUUGGGAGUGGGGCUAGCAGUGUUGUGCAGAGAGCUAUCCAUAUUCCCAAUCAUCGGAUCAUUGCGCUCAAGAAAAUCAACAUUUUUGAGAAGGAGAAAAGGCAGCAACUGCUUACUGAGAUUAGGACAUUAUGUGAAGCACCUUGUUACCAAGGUCUUGUAGAGUUUCAUGGGGCAUUUUAUACACCGGAUUCUGGACAAAUAAGCAUAGCUUUGGAGUAUAUGGAUGGAGGAUCAUUGGCUGAUAUCUUACGGUUGCAGAAAAGAAUACCUGAACCCUUACUUUCUUCUAUGUUUCAGAAGCUUCUACAUGGACUGAGCUACUUGCAUGGAGUUAGGUAUCUAGUACACAGAGACAUAAAACCUGCCAAUUUGCUUAUCAAUCUCAAGGGCGAGCCAAAGAUAACAGACUUCGGAAUAAGUGCUGGGUUGGAGAAUUCUAUGGCAAUGUGUGCAACAUUUGUUGGGACAGUUACGUACAUGUCACCUGAGCGAAUUCGAAAUGAGAAUUAUUCUUACCCAGCUGAUAUAUGGAGCCUUGGGCUUGCUCUCUUUGAGUGUGGUACUGGAGAAUUUCCAUAUACAGCUAAUGACGGACCUGUCAACCUUAUGUUACAGAUCUUAGAUGAUCCAUCACCUACUCCUUCAAAACAGAGUUUUUCACCAGAGUUCUGCUCGUUUAUUGAAGCUUGCUUGCAGAAAGAUGCAGAUGCUAGGCCAACUGCAGAGCAGCUACUUGCCCACCCGUUCAUUACAAAGUAUGAGAAUUCCCAAUUGGACUUGGGAGCAUUUGUUCGAAGUGUUUUUGAUCCAACGCAAAGGAUGAAGGACUUGGCAGAUAUGCUUACCAUACAUUAUUACUUGCUCUUUGAUGGACCUGAUGAGCUCUGGCAACAUGCAAAGACGUUAUACAAUGAAGACUCGGUUUUCAGUUUCUCUGGCAAGCAAUUAGUAGGUGCGAAUGAAAUAUUUGCCUCGCUCUCUAGUAUACGAAGUACAUUAGCUGGUGACUGGCCUCCUGAGAGGCUUGUGCAUGUUGUGGAAAAGCUUCAAUGCCGUGCUCAUGGUCAAGAUGGAGUAGCAAUUAGGGUAUCAGGAUCCUUCAUUGUUGGGAAUCAGUUCCUUAUAUGUGGAGACGGUGUUCAGGUAGAGGGCCUGCCAAGUAUUAAAGAUCUUUCUAUCGAUAUUUCGAGUAAGCGAAUGGGUACAUUCCGCGAGCAGUUCAUUAUGGAGCCAAGCAAUAUGAUAGGGCGCUACUCCAUAGCUAAACAAGAACUUUAUAUUUUGCAGUGAAUUUCAGAGGAUUCCACUUAACUGUUGGAAUAAUGCUGGAACAAUCAUUAGCAUUUGAAUAUCAAACAUAGAAACAGGCAAAAUCAUCUGACCGUGACAGAACUUACAUGUCAUUGACAUUAUUGUAACCAGUUGUCCGUAAAAUCAUGAAAAUCAUAGUUAUUCAUGUUAUUUUCCAGAACAUUUGCAAUGCUUACACACAAGGUUAAAACCACAUGUGAUUUACUAGAUGUUUGCUGGAGUUAUGUU